AUGAGGAUCGGCUGCCUUCAGUUCGCACCCCGGGUCGGAGAUGUCAACAACAACCUGAGUGAUGCGGAUGCUGUCCUGAAUCGGGUCGAGCCCGAGGACCUUGACCUCCUCGUCCUUCCCGAGCUGGCCUUCUCCGGUUACAACUUCAAGUCCUUGAGGGAGAUUGAGCCCUUUCUCGAACAUUCAGAGUCCGGCAUCAGCUCACUCUGGGCACGCACCGUCGCCCUCAAGUACGACUGCACAGUCCUCGUUGGAUACCCGGAAAAGGUCGAUCCAGAGUUGAAAUGGCCCACCGGACCCGAGUAUUACAACUCGGCCAUCGUCAUGAACAAGGACGGCGAAGCUGUGGCAAACUACCGAAAGUCCCAUCUGUACAUGACGGACGAAACGUGGGCCUUUGAGAACCCGGAAGGAUUUUACAGAGGCUUCUUGGUCGGCCUAGGCCACACAGCCAUCGGCAUCUGCAUGGAUCUCAACCCUUACAAGUUCCAGGCUCCUUGGGAUACCUUUGAGUUUGCCUUUCACGCGCUGGAAAUGGAUGCUAAUCUCGUCAUCCUCACCAUGGCAUGGAUGACGAGGGAAGACGGCUCGCAGUUUAGCCUCACGCCACGAGAACCCGACAUGGAGACGUUGGCGUAUUGGCUUUCCAGAAUCGAACCCAUCAUUCGAUCCGAUGGGGACGAGGAGAUCAUCGUCGUCUUCGCGAACCGUUGCGGCACGGAAGCCGAAGCCGUCUACGCCGGAACCAGUGCGGUUCUUGGCAUAAAAAGCGGCGAGGUUCGUGUCUACGGGGUCCUCGGCCGGGGAGAGGAAGAGCUUCUUGUCGUGGACACGAACGACCCGCCGGAUGCCCGACUGGUCUACCGGCCCAAAGAUCAGGAAGUCACCCCUGACGGAGAUGCUUCUACGGAGAAGAAGCCUCCUAUCGAGACGAUGAACCGUCCUUUAGACGACAGCGGCUCAAACAUCUCCGAGAGCGGGAAUAAAACGGGCAGCGGCGGUAGCACCUCUAGCCAAGCGAGUACCGGCAGCUCAACCAAAGCGCCGCUGAAAACAGCAACGCAUUCCAUUUUGUCUUGA